AAGAGUAUGUCUAAACAGGGACGAACCAUCAUCUUCUCCAUUCAUCAACCUCGUUUUUCCAUCUUCAAGUUGUUUGAUAGCCUCACCUUAUUGGCCUCAGGAAGACUAAUGUUCCAUGGUCCUGCUCAGGAGGCCUUGGGGUACUUUGCAUCAGCUGGUCACCACUGUGAGCCCUAUAACAACCCCGCAGACUUCUUCCUGGAUGUCAUUAAUGGAGACUCCUCUGCUGUGGUAUUAAACAGAGAGGAGGAAGGUGAUGAAGCCAAGGAGACUGAAGAGCCUUCCAAGAGAGAGAAGCCACUCAUAGAAACAUUAGCUGAGUUUUAUGUCAACUCCACCUUNUUUCUGACAGCUCUGGGCUGCCUGGUUACUCUAUCAUUUAACAUACAUGUGUCUGAGGAGUCUAGAGAAGAUGAAUCUAAGAGAAGACUACAGGCCAAAUUGAGUUUAGAUAAUCAGGCACAAGAAGUGAGGGAAGGUCACCACUGUGAGCCCUAUAACAACCCCGCAGACUUCUUCCUGGAUGUCAUUAAUGGAGACUCCUCUGCUGUGGUAUUAAACAGAGAGGAGGAAGGUGAUGAAGGUGCCAAGAUGAUUGUAUCAGUUAUCCUGGGACUGGCUAUCGGUGCCAUUUUCUAUGGCCUAAAAAAUGACUCUACGGGAAUCCAGAAUAGAGCUGGGGUACUCUUCUUCCUGACAACCAACCAGUGUUUCAGUAGUGUGACAUCCAUGGAGCUCUUUGUGGUCGAGAAGAAGCUGUUUAUGCAUGAAUAUAUCAGUGGAUACUACAGAGUGUCAUCUUAUUUCUUUGGGAAACUGCUAUCUGAUUUACUACCCAUGAGGAUGUUACCAAGUAUCAUACUUAAUUGUAUAACAUACUUCUUGUUGGGAUUGAAACCGGUGGUGGAGGCCUUCUUCAUCAUGAUGUUCACCCUUAUAAUGGUGGCUUAUACGGCCGGUUCCAUGACAAUGGCCUUAGCAGCAGGUCAGAGUGUGGUAUCCUUAGCAACACUUAUCACGAACCUGCUUUUUGUGUUUAUGAUGAUUUUUUCAGGGCUGUUGGUCAACCUCAGAACCAUAGUGCCUUGGCUCUCGUGGCUUCAGUACUUGAGCAUUCCUCGGUAUGGCUAUGCGGCUUUGCAGUAUAAUGAAUUUUUGGGACAAAACUUUUGCCCGGGACUCAAUGUCACAGCAAACAAUACCUGCAGCUUUGCAAUAUGUACUGGAGAAGAAUUUUUGAGAGACCAGGGCAUUGACCUCUCACCUUGGGGCCUGUGGAAGAAUCACGUAGCCUUGGCAUGCAUGACUGUUAUCUUCCUUACAAUUGCCUACCUAAAAUUGUUAUUCCUUAAAAAAUUUUCUUAAAUUCUUCUCCAAUUUAUAUGAUUUAUCUACAUAUUCGAAAGGGAGCACCUUAGCCCUGGCUGGAUAGCUCAGUUGGUUAGUGUCACUCUGAUACACCAAGAUUGUCGGUUCAAUUUCUAGUCAGGGCAUAUAACAAGAGUCAAGCAAUGAAUGUAUGACUAAAUGGAACAACAAAUCAAUGUCUCUCU